AUGGCAAGGUCGCCUAAAGAUGAUCCCAGAUUUAAUGACAAUGCUUGGAAUUUCCAUACGGAAACCGGCGAGCAUUGUUCAUCAACAGGAAUUAAUGAGAUAAAACAGCCAACACUAUCUUCCAAUGGCUCUGUUAUACCCGAAAACUUAUAUGGAAGACCAAAUUACAAUAGCGGUGUGUACAUUAACAAACCAUACAUGCAAACAGGAGAUAGUACUGCAAAUAAAAAUGAUUCCAUCCCUUACAACGUUUUGCCUAACGUUAACAGAAUUCCUCGCCAAAAUUAUGGCAAUGCCAUGCUGAACUUGGGAAAUGGUCAAGUGGUAAGAGUAAUUUAUGACGAAAAUAAUCAACAACUUAUCUUCCCGAUGUCCGGACAGUACGAAUUGUUCAAUCAUAAUCAAGGAAUACGCGACGUGCCGCUACAAGCUGCCCCGCCGUCCCAUUUGUUUACAUUAAACCAAGAGUUUACUGUGAACAAUAAUGUUAAUGUUCAACCACCAACUGCCACUAUACAGCACAGUAAUUUUAAUCAAGAAUGCGUAAACCAGUCCACCAUACCAACAUCUAACUUUUUGAAAGAAGUUCUUGGUAACUGGGAACCAAAUUCUUCCGGAACAUACUCUCCAUUUGGUCAAAACUAUCCCUUAAACCAUCCUGAUGCACCAACCAUAAUAAACAACAAUCCUAUAGAGCCAACACUAAAUCAAAUAAAACCAGAAGCUUCGCCCAAAAGAAAUGAGAAUGGACCAUUAGCUGAUACAAGUAAUAAAAAAAGAAUAGUAGCCGAAGUGAAGCCAAUGCGGCCAAGUUAUUCUGAGGUAGCGAAAAACACCAAAAAUACUCAACCAGACUCAGCUAAGAAGACUAAACCACAAAACAAUCCCGAUAACAAAACACCGAGUAAACCAAAUCCUAAACCAGAGAAACCGGUUAACUCAAAACAUAUCACUGACGAAAACAAGACUAAGGCCGAAAAGAAACAACACUCAAACGCUAUAUCCUCUGGAAGCGAGUCCGGCGACGUUAAUAACGAUGACACGGAAAAACAACAGAAAACUAACAAGAGAUCAAAAAACAAACGUAAUAAUAUGUCUCGGAAAUGGUCAUCCUUAGACGAUAUAACAAACGAAGAAGGAAACUUCAAUCAAGAAAACGAAAGUCAGUUUCUGUUUAUACAAAACAACUCUGAAAAGGUUAAAAAAGAUAAGAAAUCUGAUCGAACUAAAAACAUAGAUAAAAGUAAUGCCGAGGAUGAAUUGAAGUUUGAGGAAGACGAUGAGCAGUCUCAGUUUGGGUUCAAGGAAGGUCAACCGGAUGUGACUAAGGCCAGGAAGAAGAAAGAAACUCGUAAUCAUCACAAGGCUUCGAAGAUUAUUCAAGACAAGAAAAAGACGAACCAGACUAAAAUAAGGAAAAACAAGCCUGGCUACAUGGGCCUCGUGCAGAAUUAUUUGGAACAUUGGGGAGGAGCCACUUGGAAAGCAUUUGUUUGGUUCGUUUUCUUGCUCUCCGACAUAUGCAGGAUGAGUCUUCAUCUGUCGUUUGACUUGUGUACAUCUGUAUUCAGUCAAACCUAUGUGAGCUCGCAGGCUGUGUGGCGCAGUAGCAAAGACUGGCUCUCAAAGAUCACUAAGAAUAAAUACCUAAUGUACAUUGACAGAAAAUUUGGACACACACAGUUUGCUUUUUGGAGAAAACUUAAAUGGUUUAGAAAAGAAAGUGAAACGGAUAGUAACGACACCAAAUUGAACUCAAACAUCCCACUGCCGGCCACAGGAGAAGAAGCCAUGAAAAGAUUACUAGCAUGUAAAGGAAAAGAUCCAUACAGCAUCCUCGGCGUGAGCGUGUCUUGUAGUGAUGAGGACAUCAAGCGUUACUACAGACGGCAGGCGUUCCUGGUGCAUCCGGACAAGAACCAACAGCCGGGCGCUGAGGAGGCCUUCAAGAUACUGCAGCAUGCCUUCGAUCUUAUUGGGGAACCGGAGCGUCGUGAGUCCUACGAGCGUCGCGCUCGCGAGUCACGACACGCCGAGGCGGCGUGGGGCGAGCUCAGUGUACUGCUGGAACAACUACACGACAAGAUGGAGUUCGCAGCCAACACUAUACGCUGUACGAACUGCGGCCGACGUCACAAACGAGUGAUGACGUCACGACCGUGUUACGCCGCGCGCUACUGUGCACAGUGCAAGAUAAGACACUCCGCUAAGGAGGGUGAUAUCUGGGCGGAGUCUAGUAUGUUGGGUCUGCUAGUGAUGUACUACGCGUGUAUGGACGGAGCGGUCUAUCAGAUCACACAGUGGGGCAGCUGUCAGAAACGUAACCUGAGACAACUGCGUCCCGACUGUCACGUAGUGCAGUACAGGAUCGUGCUCGGGAAUAAGGCGAGCGCCGACCCGCAGAAAACUACCACCGGACACGAUCCAAACCUCGAAGAAUUCCUGAACAAUCUGUACAGUAAAUCUGGUGUGACACCGAACACUAGCUGUAAGCCGACAACCGAAACAGCGGACGCAAAGAAACGACGCAAUAAAAAAACUAAAGCCUGA